UCGCUGUGAUACAGCGGCGAGUAAAAUCUCCUCUUCCCCCAUCCCACCAACCUUUCCGAUGAGAGAACAUAUUGCGCCUGUGCAGUACCAGGGAGGACUUUAGAUGUAACACCGGAACCACUGCUUAAUUGUGAGAAGAGGGAAAUUUUGUUCUGAACCUUACUCCUGGUCCUGAAGGAGGGAAGAUAAACGAGUGACGGCUGCAAAUUCAAAUCACCGUCUUUGAAGGUGCAAGGUGACUUUGAUGGUGUCAAGGCAGCUGAAUGAGUGUCAACUAACUAAUCCAACAUGUACACCUGUGAUAUUUGUGGGCAAGGUGGCUUGUCAGAACCAGACAUGAGGACACACAUUCUUAUCAUGCAUGAAGAAAGUGAGUACAGUUGUCCAAUGUGCAACCUAUCAGGAAUCAGUUAUAAUGAAUUGAUGUUCCAUAUAGAAACUUCCCACAGUGAAGUGAAACCCGUGGAUGAUAAAAGGAUGAUGUAUUCUGUUGAUAAAGAAGAUGUUCUUGAUGUUUCACUUCAGACCAGUAGGUUGACUGAUUUAAAACAUGAAACAACUCCAGAACUACAAGAAUUUGGAGGGGACCGGAUGGAAGAGCUUCAGAUGUCUUGCUGUGCUUCACCAUCCAACUGUGAGAGACCAUUUAGACAGAACAUAAAGCAAAAAAGUGAACCGAAAAGAUUAAUACAAUCAGAAUCUGUGAAUGGACACUUUUCAGAAACUGUUUGGAGACAACCUGAGCAAACACUCUUUGACAACAGGAAAGAGCCAAAAAACAAUGGACUUUGUAGUGCUUCUGAAGAAUCCAUGAAGUCUGAUGUCCCGGAAUGUCCUUUUUGUGGCCUUAUUGGAAAUGCAGGAGAGGAUCUAAGUGAACAUGUUAAAAGCAAACAUGCUGAGAUCGUGGAAACCCCUCAAAAAGGUUGUGAAAAGCAACGGCUCUAUCCAUGUCUCAUGUGCAAACUGGUGUUUUCAAGUUGGCAAAUACUUCAGGAACAUGUUGAGUUACAUUUAGCUGAGAGCAGAGCUGAAGAAUGUGUCCUGGCUGAUCGUCAAUUAGCCCAAAAGUUACAGGAGGAUGAGGAACUACAAAGAAAGGCUUUUGAAACAAAAAGAGAACGGGAUGAAUUUCAAAAACUUCAGCGGCAAUAUGGGUUAGAUGAUGGUGGAGGAUACAAACAACAAAUGAUGCGCAAUAUGGAGAGGGCUGUGGCACAGGGUCAAAUGAAUCCCGCGGACUACCACCGUAGAAGAGCAGAAGUAAUGGAGACAUUAGCAGUUGGAGAAGAUGAUGGCAGAACUCGGACUUCAGGCCUAAUUAAGAUGCUAAAUGAUUAUUAUCAGAAAAAUGGUGCAGAAAUAAGGCAUGUGUUUCUGUGUGCAGAAACUGAUCACUACCAUGCCUCUUUAGGAGACAAAGGCUGGGGAUGUGGAUACCGGAAUUUUCAAAUGCUUCUUUCCUCACUUCUGAAGAUGGAAGGGUAUAAGCGUGAUUUACAUGGCAUUGCAAUCCCUUGCAUUCCGAAAAUCCAGUCUAUGAUAGAGGAAGCAUGGAAGGAUGGUUUUGAUCCUCAAGGUGCUGCACAUUUUAAAAAUAAAUUGCAGGGAACUCGAGCUUGGAUUGGAGCAACGGAAAUCUAUUCUUUAUUGACUUCCCUAAGAAUAAAAUGUCAAAUUGUUGAUUUCCAUCAUCCAACUGGACCGUCCGACACACAUCCUCGUUUAUUUGAGUGGAUGUGGCAGUUCUAUUCUUCAGGCAGGGAUGCAGGACUGUGGUUACAAUCCAAAGUUAUAUGGACUAGCAAGCCACCAAUCUAUCUACAGCACCAGGGUCACAGUCGAACCAUUAUAGGCAUAGAAGAAAGGAAGAAUGGAACGCUUUGCCUUUUGAUUUUUGAUCCUGGCAACCAAGAAAUGCAGAAGCUUUUGCAUCGUGAUAUUACUGCAGUCAAUCUGAAAAUGAUUCGUAGGUUUAUUGGAAAUAUGAAACAUAAGCAGUAUCAGAUAGUGGCAGUGAAUGGCUUUCUAACAGUGGAAGAGAAAAAUGCUUGUAAGCAUGCAUCUGCAGUGUUGACAGCAGAAAAGAUACCAUAAUGGUAAUUCGUAUUUGGAUUCACCAGGCAAGAUGAGAAAUUUUCGUUGUGGGUCAUUUGCUGAUCUUGGAAUUACAUAAAUGAUGUUUAACAUGAGACCUUAGAUAUUUUAACUUGGCAUUAAUACCUCACUGUGCUAGUUCUUAAAUGUGACAGGCCAAGUCAUGAUCGUUAAAGUGCAUCGCAAAUCUCUGUAACAAGUUAUGUUUCUUAAUGAACACAAUUCUGCAUUUUUGAGAGUUUGACUACAGGUCAAAUAUUCAUUUUGUUACUGACCUAAUGUUUGCCCUGUGUCAUUCUCUGCUGGAAGUGGUAGCAGGACCGGUGCUCCUUUUGUGCAUAUAUAAGCAGCAUGUUAAACUGCAGAACAUUGGAGCCUGUAAUAAUUAUGGUUAGCAUUAACCACUUAUGAAUACUUCAGGUUAACUUGUAUAUGUUUUAUAUUUUUUCUACAUACAUUGCACAUUAUCACAAAGAGAUAAAAUUGAAAAUAUAUUCCAAGAGCCGGAAAGUUAUUUAAUAUUUUAGGUUUUCAUUUUAUUUGUGUAACAAAAAUAAAAUUUGCCUGAUUUACAAUUUUAUGUUUGGAUUUAUAUUGUCUUGACUAUACAAUGACCAUACAGUUUAAAGACUUGACUUUUUAACAUAGACACGCACAUUGAGAUUUCUUCCCAAUGGCUGGUGAAACCUGGAUUUUGCAAUCUUGUCCUUGUUUCUAACAGAUGUAAUUUUUGCCAGGAGGAGGGAGGUGUCAGGGUGUGAUUCAUGCAUGAGGGAGAUUUGAACUUAGUGCUGAGUUCAAUCAGAUUUCAUUUUGAUUGUAGCAGGGCCUUUAAUUGACUGUGUGGAAGUCAUGAACUUGUGUAACAGGUACAAUAUAUCUAACAGUUUUGACAUGAUAUAAUUUAAAUCCAUAGCCCUUCAAAAAGUGAAGAUAAAAUGGGAAGUUCAUGCUGUUGAGAGUUUUAAAUAAAAGCUUUCAAUUGCUGUCAAUAGCUGCAUAUUGAUAUUUCUCGCUCUCUAUGAAUACUUAAACAUACUGUUUUGUAAUUAGUAUCACAGCAGGAGAGAUGUUUUGUUUUUAUAAGAAAUUUAAUGCUGUGAAAUUUGAGAGGUUUGAAUAGGUUUUCAUGAAUAGAAGUUUUAUUUAAUCUAGUGAAGCUGUAUACAUUUUGUGAAUUUUAUUUUAUUUCAACUGAACAUGAUUCCUGAGGCUUACAGAUGUUGAAUAUGGGUGGAUUAGCAUAAGUUGAACAGGGCUGUAGAAUGACGAGAGUGAGGGCUGGGUGUGUAAAAUGUAACUAAACAACUAGACAACAUCUUAAAGAAUUUUUAAACAGCGAGUCAACUUUGGCUUCUGAGCUACCACCUCAGUGGUGAUCUUGACUCCUUUCUAUAGUAGAACCACCCCACCUGCCCUAAUCAUAAACCUGUCCAGUCCAGCAAUCUGCACCAUGCUUUGUGACCCAGGUCUCACCUGCAUCUGUACUAUGUUUUCUGUUGGUGUCCUUUA